UCUCGUUGGCGCGUUCCCGACUCUGGGAGCUCUGGUGCUUUCAGCCCAGAUCAAGGGUCGGGCGGAGCUAUUGCCUGGCGUUCGGCCGCAGCAUCAUCACGCCAGUCCCCCAAGAGUUAGGCUGUCGGUGAGCACCGCGGUGCCUCGAGUCCAGCGUCUUCACGGCCCUUCCCUAGGAUCACACCCGGAGAAGCGUGGAGGGAAAGCGUGGAGGCCGGCGGGUCAUCUACCGGGCCCACGCCGCAUUUAGCUGUCCUCCUGACGCGUGAGGAGACCCGGCAGAGCCCAGGCUGGCUAUGAAGAGCGACACCUCGACCUCUGCAGUCCCUUUGAAAGGGCUCGGGGGCCCUUUGCGGAGCAGCGAGCCCGCGCGGGCCCUCCCGGCGGUGACACCCGCGGUGCACCUGCUGGAGGAGGCGUCCGACCUGUUGGUGGUGCACCUGGACUUCCCUGCCGCGCUGGAGACUUGCGAACGGGCCUGGCAGAGCCUGACCGAAGAGCCCUCGAGUGGCACUGUCCUGGAGGUGAAAUGCUCCCUGUGUGUUGUGGGGAUCCAGGCUCUAGCAGAAAUGAAUCGAUGGAGAGAAGUCCUGCCCUGGGUCCUCCAGUAUUACCAGGUUCCUGAAAAGCUGCCUCCUAGAGUCCUGGAGUUGUGCAUCCUUUUAUAUAGCAAAAUGCGAGAGCCCGGAGCUGUGCUGGAUGUGGCCGAUGCCUGGCUCCAAGACCCAGACAACCAGGGCCUUCCUGAGUAUGGAUCAUUGGCAGAACUCCACCUGCUCCGGGUGCUGCUGCCUUCUGGCCGCCUGUCAGAGGCUGAGGAGUUGGCAGCGGGCUCUUCGGCUCUCAGCGAAGAGCAGCGAGUAGGAGUGCUCCAGGCCAUCCAGGCAGCACGCAAGCGCCAGCGCGUGCAGGAGACCUUGAACUCCCAGGAGCCUCAGAAGCUGAGCCAGGAAGGUUCGUUUUCCCGGAAGCUGCUGUCACUGCUGAUGUUGCUUCGUCGACUUUGGGGCUCCGCAGUGAGCCACCUCCUCUCUCAGCCCUUCAGGAAGGGCCUUCUGGCCGCUCUGAUCCUCUGUCUCUUGGUUCUGCGGUUUGACCCAGCAGCUCCUUCUUCACUGCCCUUCCUCUACCAGCUGGCCCAGCUCCUCCGCCGGAUCCAGAAGGCCACACUCUCUCGGCUCUACCCACUCGCCCUCCAGGACUGAGUGGGCCAACAUGGCUGCCUCAGUCUCUUGCGGUCCACAUCUCCAGAAGCAGAAGAGUUGAGCCCCGUGGCUGGGCCCCAGAUGUCACCGUGGGAGUGAGCCCACUUCGUUCUAGAAAGAGUGACCAAGGCAGGUGAGCCGUGGCUUGCUGCCUUUGAGCCCUCCCUUUGGCAUCCAGCUGUGGCUGGCCUCAAAGGGAAUACAGGAAGAGUGGUGCCCUAGGCCCAGCUACCCAGAGUAGAGUUCCGGCUGCCCAGGACAGUCCUCUCACUUCUUACUGCACCAGCUCCUCAAAAGGGAGGAGCUUAGGAGCAGGGAAUGAGUCUUGAGACAUUCUGUUUUCUUGACUGAAGCCAAGGGUGACUUUCCCGGUCAGGCUGCUGAGGGGCUGGCAGUUCACAAACGUGGUGGAGCAGCCCUUGGCCGCUUACCUCAAAAUUGCUUCACAGGGCAGUGCUGGAAUUCGAGUGAAGCCAGAGGAGCCUCUUCUUCCACGGUCCACCCACAGAUGCCAUAAUUCCCAGUCAGCCGCCGCCCCAUCCCAUUGGUCCUGCAGUGGGGCAAUAGGCUUUCUGCUUGAGGCGGGUUGCUGUUGAGACAGGAUAUGGCUUCCGACCCGCUCAGGUGGCUACUGGGAGCAAAGUGAGCCUGCCUGACCUUAUCUCUGGGGAAUGUGAUCCUGCUUGGCGCCAUGUAGCCUUAGCUCAGUUUUCCGGUAUGUCAGGGGCCGAUCUCUGCUCGCUUGGACCCAGCGUCCUCCCACUGUACCCCACCACCCUUUGACCUGCCCAGCCAACUUUUGUCUCACCACUGUUCUCCUUGGUACACACUGACUGGCAGGUCCCCUCUCUUUGCCCUGUUGUCCUAGUUGUGGUGUGUUGUUUGUAUAAUGCCCAAGCUUCUCUGCUCGUGUGGCAUGAAAAGUAGGCCAGUCUCAGAGCUGAGAGCUGAAAGCUGAAAAUGGAACUGGGUAAUCAGGUGAGCUGGAAGACCUGUGGGGGCAGGGCCAUGGGGGCCUGAUGGGGGCCAGAGGGACGGGUCUCAGGGAGGAGGCACUGGGCCCGUUUCGGCUUUUCUUUUGAUGACCACAAAGGUCUCAUGUGUUUCUGUUUAAGUAAAUACAGACCACUGUAAUGGUGUCAGGAUGGAAGGCCCUCAGCUGGCUGCCCACACCUGUCUGCCAGUAUGAGUGAGGAGACUGCAGAGAGGAUCUGCAGGCUUCUUGUUGGUUUUUAGGAACUGUGAGUCAACAGCUUUUCUUUAGAAGAAGAAACUUCACAUUUAGAAUUCUGUCUAAAUUUUGAGAGCUUGGGAACCAGAACCACCAUUUUUUGGUAUGACUGUUAAGCUUUAGAUCACUGGGGAAAGAAAAGGAGUCAGGGAGGGUUGAGAUCCCUUGACAAUGAUUCCCUUCCUUGUUUGCUUUUGAGAUGGGCGUCUCACUAUUGUUGCCCAAUGUGGCCCAGAACUCCAGGGCUUAAAGGGUGAGUUCCACCCAUCAGCCUGUUGAAUAUCUGACUCAUGAACCAGAUGACAAUGAUUUUGAAAUGAGAAUUUGGACAUUCACUGCCCUAGAAGAAACGCCUUACUGGCAUCCAUGGCCCACAGGAUAAGAAUCCAGAUUCUUCUUAAUGGAAACUUGUAUUUGCAAGUUUGGCUGAUAGCUCCUUUGCUGUGUUGCCCUGUUCCCUGGGCAAGCCACAUUCUAAGUGCCAGGCUGUCCUCAGGCCUCUCUGCCACGGCUUCGCUGUUACUGCUGGAGGUUUUUCUCUGCCCCAGGCCCUUGGCUUUUCAGGCUUGCUCAAGGACUAGCUAACAUCCUUUCCCAGCUUUUUCUGCUUUCCCUCAGCAGUGGUUUGGUAGGGCUGUUUGCCUCCUCCAGUGCUAUGAGCUCUUUGAGGCUGCGCAGUGCUUGAGUCAGGCUCACAUCCCUGCCCUACUGUGUGGGUAACUUCAGGCAGAGUUUGACCUUCUCAUCUGUCUGUCAGUCAGCCCUCAUCUCACCGGCCUCUUCCAUGAGUACAUGGGCACUCAGGAAGCUUUUGACACUUUCUCUAGCCCCAGGAGGAGUUUUUGUGAGCUGUGGCUGUUCCCAGGCCUGGCUGGCAUGGACAGGUUCUUGGAGGAGCACAUGAGUGGACUGAUGGAAGAGGGCUUGGUUCUGGUGUGUGUGCUGGUCAACGCUGUGAAACACUGAAAUACAGGUUUGGUUGUGCCAGCUUGUCUGUCUGCUCUCUCCUGAUGUUCCUUACAGUUGUUCUGUUGGUGCCCUGUGAGGCUCUGGUUAUUCUUGUCCUGAGGGCUGCAGGGCUGUCUGUACCCUAACCACCUCCCAGAGGUGUCUUUCGAGCAUUUGAAAUGUGGCUCAUUCAUGUGGAGAUAUUCUGUAAUUAUAAAACAUAUACACUAGAUUUCAAAGACCAAACACUAAAAAAUUAAAAUAAAAAAUGGAAAUACAAAGAUUUUUAUAUUGACUGUUUGUUGAAAUGAUAAUAUUUUGGAUAUAUCAGGUUAAAUAAAAUCUAUUUAACUAA